CAAAAAUCCUUUUUCUAUUUCCCCGCAGACUUGGAAUAGCAGCAUCAGUCACCAAUAACACGAAUGGACCAUGUCGUCUGUUGGCCCUUGUCUCAAUGAUGACUCGCUGGGUCCUGCUGUGCGUGGUUGCAGAGGCAACUUUGACUUCACUGUCGCAUUUGAGGAUGUCGUCUUUGUCAUUGUCCCGGCUAUUGCUUUCCUUUGCCUUGGACUUUCCCGCAUUCUAGGACUUUGUCGUUGCCGUCGCCCAAUAGUCGGUGCCUCCGCAAUUCAGUGGACCAAGCUGGUUCUCGCAACAGGUUUGGCUGUAUUGCAGCUCUUACUUCUCAUCCUGGGACGGAACUUCCCCCAGUUCCUUUCAGGUCCUUUUUUGGCUGCUGCCUCCCUCGCCUUCAUCGCAGCUCUGCUUUUCAUUCCACUGUCAUGGGUUGAGCAUUCGCGAGCACCGCGACCAUCCACAACUAUCAUCGCUUACCUGUCCAUCACGUUAUUGUUUGAUGUUGCUCGGACACGGACAGCAUGGCUUCUAACUCCAUCGGGGCUGGACCCUAACUAUGCAUCUGUAUUGACAGCAGCCACUGUCCUCAAGGCUGCCAUGAUUUACUUAGAGUCGCAACAGAAAGAGAAAUGGCUGGGCUGGGAUAUGAAGGAGCAUAGUCCCGAGGAGACCAGUGGCAUUUACAAUCUUGGCGUCUUCUUCUGGUUGAACACGUUGUUCAUGAAAGGCUAUCGUGUCAUCCUGACAAUGGAGAGUCUGUAUCCCCUCGACAAAGCUUUGACGGCUGAGAAUCACGACCAUCUUGUUGAGAGAGUUCGCAACAAUCCCUAUAAGGGUCAGAAAUACGGUCUGGCACGCCUGUUGCUGCGGAUCCUAGCUCUCCAGCUAUUGCCACCGAUUAUUCCUCGUGCAGCACUCCUCGCUGCCAGCAUAUGUCAACCAUUUCUCAUCCAUGCCCUGUUGCACUACCUACAGAGCGAUGACCAAGACCAGAGUCAUGGAUAUGGACUCAUUGGCGCGACAGCUCUGACGUACGGCGCCAUUGCAUUCUCAACCGCAUUAUACUGGUACUUCCAAGAGCGUUUUGUCAUUAUGGUACGUGGCAUCCUAGUGCUCGCCGUGUACGAGAAGACUACAGAGCUUAGAAUGCCCGCGGAUGGGGAUUUGGGAGCCCUCACAUUGAUGAGCACCGACGUGGAGCGCAUCACGAGAGGCAUUCUCGACCUCCAUGAAUACUGGGCCAACACGAUCCAGAUCGCUCUGUCUUGCUGGCUACUUCAACGAGAGCUUGGUCCUGCAUUUGCUGCUUCCCUUGGUGUGGUAGCCCUCUCAACUCUCACUGCCUUUGGGAUAGGCAAACUCCUUGGACCACGUCAAAAAGCAUGGAUGGAAGCAAUCGAAACGAGAGUUGGGGUCACUGCGGCUGCUAUUUCGCAGAUGAAGCUGGUUAAAAUGUCUGGCAUGACAAAGCCAAUCCAAUCUUACGUGCAGAGACUGCGGGUGAGAGAGAUUGAAAUCGGCGGGCAUUGGCGUAUGCUCCUCGCUGCAGCAGCCACUGUCUCUCAAGUUCCCAUGACUAUAUCUCCUGUUAUUACAUUUGCGGUGGCAACCAAGACGCUCAACACUACCUCGAUAUUUGUUUCUAUAUCCUACCUUACGCUUCUCGCAUCGCCUUUGAUGAUUCUCUUUCAGAAGAUCCCUCAAUUCCUCGGGGCCUUGACCUGCCUUGAACGGAUCCAGACCUAUCUAGAACGCGACUCGAGGUUUGAGUAUCGCCGCCUUGAUAAUGUAAUGAGCUCAACCAUAUCUACGACUUCUUCUUCUCCUUCCGCUAAUGACACCAGCGGUAUGGACAUUGAAAUGAAGACUUUAGAGGAGAAAGACACGCCUCACGUCGUAAUUAAGGACGGCACCUUUGGGUGGCAUGAGAACGUCCCUGUUCUCAAGCAUGUUAACGUAACUAUUCCAACAUCACGCCUCACUGCAGUUGUUGGCCCUGUUGCCAGCGGGAAAUCCACAUUAUGCAAAGCCAUUCUCGGCGAGGUCCCCUGUGCGACUGGCUCCACAGUUCUCCUUCGAUCUAGAGUCAUUGGCUACUGUGAUCAACAGCCGUUCUUAACGAAUACUACCAUCCGAAACAACAUCAUUGGCAACAAUUACUUCGAACAUAAGCGAUACCAGUCCGUGAUAAAUGCUACUAUGCUCGACCGGGACCUCACGAACCUCCCACAAGGCGAUAGUACGGUGAUCGGAAGUAGUGGCAUUGCCUUGAGCGGUGGACAACGGCAACGAGUGGCAAUUGCAAGGGCAUUAUACCUUGCAGAUGCCGACCUGCUGAUCUUUGAUGACGUCCUCAGCGGCUUAGAUGCCAGAACAACGGAUCAUGUUUUCCAACACGUCUUUGGACGAGAUGGCAUGCUUCGUCGUCGUGGCGCCACUGUUGUUCUGUGUACACAUAACCUUCGACACUUCCAAGCCGCGGACUAUACCAUCAGGAUCGGGAGUAACGGAGACGUAUUUGAAGAAGAGCCCUCGGUUCCUGAAAAUGUCCUUGUAAAUUCUGAUCUAGGCUCAGAUUUAGAGCCAGCCACGGCCGAAGCACUCGGAAGCACAGAAGAGAUGGCACUCACCUGUUCAUCACCAACAGUAGCCAUGACUGCAGAUGAAGCAGAGGCGCGAAAAUUGGGUGACGCGAGCGUCUUUGGCUAUUACAUACGCACAAUUGGCUUAAUUCCCAUUGUCGCCUUCGUUUUCGCUUGUGUAUGCAACGGUUUCCUCAACAACUUUCCUCGCAUAUGGCUCACAUUCUGGGCUGACGAUGCUGCCCGGCCACAAAGAGGCUUGGUGCAAAAGCACUCACAGACAUAUUAUGUCGGCAUUUACGGAAUGCUCCAAGUACUUGCUCUGAUAUCCUUCAUGGCUGCUGUCGUGCUUGUUCUAGGCCCUUUCAUUCGUCUUAGUGGCUCGGCACUGCACCAGAGGGCGUUGGAGACCGUCAUCAACGCACCGUUGCAACUCUUGACAACGUCAGACACCGGCACGAUCACCAACUACUUCUCCCAAGAUAUCACUAUCAUCGAUAAUGAGCUCCCUAUGGCUGUGGCUAACGUGGUGCUGGACAUAUUUGGUGUUAUCGGAAUGGCGGUCCUUAUCGCGUCCUCUUCUCCAUGGUUGGGACUUACUUAUCCGGCUAUGAUACUCAUCUUAUGGUUGAUACAACGAUUUUACCUCCGAACGUCUCGGCAGCUACGACUCUUAGACCUCGAAGCGAAAAGCCCCUUGUAUACUCAUUUUCUAGAUACUUCGAGAGGCAUUGCCACCAUUCGAGCUCUGGGAUGGACUGGAGAGAACAUCAAACACAAUCACCGACUGCUGAAUCAGUCCCAAAGGCCAAUGUAUCUGCUCUCAAUGGUACAGCGCUGGUUGUACCUCACUCUAAACAUGGUCGUUGCUGUUACGGCAACGGCUCUCGUGGGCUUGAUAACUCAGCUUAGGUCUAGUUCAAGUCUUUCUGGUGCGUCGCUUGUCACGUUGAUGACGUUGAGUCAGUCGUUGAGUGACAUUGUGCGGUUCUAUGCUGCGUUGGAGACUUCUAUUGGAGCUGUAGCUCGACUCCGGAACUUUGCUACCAAGACUGGGACAGAACGCAUUUCACAUGAUGAUGUACGACCUGAUGAACAGUGGCCAUUGAAAGGACGCAUUGAGGUUCGGGGAGUUUGGGCGACGUAUGAUGAAACUUCUCAGGAAUACGCGCUGCAGGGAAUUGAUGUCUCAAUUCAAGCAGGCGAGAGAAUAGCCUUGUGCGGCCGUACGGGAAGCGGAAAAUCUUCUUUUAUUCUUCUUCUCCUCGCCCUUCUGGAGCCUGUGCAAAAAGAUGGUGUUGAGUACACAUUGUCCAUUGACGAUGUCCCUCUCUCAUCCAUAAGUCCACAGUUGCUCCGGGAAAGACUGAUAACAGUACCCCAGGAUCCAGUAUUCUUGCCCACAGGCAGCACAUUUAUGGAGAAUCUAGAUCCACUCGGUCUAGCCACGACAGAGCAGUGUCGCCAAGUGUUGCAAGCAAUGGACCUCUGGAACAUGGUGGAGUCUCAGGGUGGGCUGCGCGGUGUUCUAUCAGAAUCUUCGCUUAGUCAAGGCCAGAGGCAAGUUUUCAACCUUGCACGAGCAGUGCUUAAGCGGAAAACGACGGGUAGUUCUGUACUCCUCCUAGAUGAGUUCACGAGCUCGGUUGAUGCUGACACAGAGCGGGACAUGCUUUCUAUAAUCGAUAGGGAGUUCGUGGGCUGUACCAUCGUUAUGGUCGCCCAUCGACUGCAUAUCGUGUCUGACUUUUGCGACAGGGUGCUUGUUCUGGAUGGUGGAAGGAUUGUUGAGGCUGGUAACCCUCGGACACUGGCUAGAGUUGAUGAAACGUGGUUUGCGAGUUUGUUAUUAGCUGUAGGAUAAAAGGAAAGUUUAUACUAUAAAGAUAUUUUAAUAGUAACUUAGAUAAUAUUAUAUAAGUAUAAAAAAUGGGUUUACAGGAAAUAAUAAAUAAUGAAAAAGAUAUAAUACAAAAG